AUGGUCGGCUUUGACAUGCACGGGCUCACGCCCGCCCCCGUCACCCCCUUCACCUCCACCGGCGAAGUCGACUACGCCGCAAUCCAACGCCUAGGAAGCUGGCUCGGCAGCAUCCCCGGCGUCAAAGGCCUGGUCGUCCUAGGCCACGCCGGCGAAGGCACGUUCCUCACGCAAGCCGAACAAGUCUCGGUAAUCAAAGCCUUCGUGGCGUCCGUCAACGACAAAAUCCCCAUCAUCGCCGGGAUCACCGGCGAAGGCACCGAAGUCGCCGCGCUGGAGGCAAAGCGCGCCAAAGACGCCGGGGCCAAGGCAGGCCUGCUGUACCCGUCGCAUGGCUGGCUGCGGUUCGGAUACCAGCCUGGGGCGCCGCAGGACCGGUAUCGGCGGGUGUAUGAGGGGAGCGGCCUGCCGCUGAUUUUGUUCCAGUAUCCGGAUAACACGAAGGCGACGUAUAGUCUGGCGACGAUGCUGGAGAUUGCGGCGCUGCCCGGGGUGUUUGCGAUGAAGAACGGGGUGAGGAAUAUGAGGCGGUGGGAUACGGAGAUUCCGGUGAUCAGGAAGGAGAGGCCGGAUUUGCAGAUACUGAGCUGUCAUGAUGAGUAUCUGCUGCAUACGUCGUUUGAUGUGGAUGGGUUCUUGGUUGGGUAUGGCAAUAUUGCGCCGGAGCUGUUGCUGGAGUUGAUUGAGGCGGGCAAGAAGAAGGACUACAAGAAGGCGAGGGAGGUCCAUGAUCAACUGCUUCCGGUGACGAAGAGCGUUUACCACCGUGGCUCGCAUAUGGAGGGCACUGUUGCGCUGAAGCAUGCCCUGGUGGCCAGGGGCAUUCUGUCCCAUGCGACGGUGCGCUCGCCGCUGUUGCCCCUGGAGGAGGGCGCUGAGCAGGAGAUCCACGCUGCUGUUGCUGCUGCACAGCUGAGCAAGGUUGCUUAA